AUGGCAUAACUUCCAUAGUUAAUUCCUUGUGAAGAAAUUUAUGAUUUGGAUACAUUUCAAUUAGAAGAUAUGUAAUCUAUGUUAAAAUCCUUUGCUACUGAUGAUGCUUAAUGGAAUAAGAAGGCUAAAAAGAUUUUAGAUUUAAUUGAAGUUGAACUUAAAGAAAGAUAAGCAAUAGAAAAUUUUGCUUUUAAUAUACAAAUUGAAGAUUUCAUUCAAUAGCCUAUUUAUUAAAACAAUGCCCUUUAAGCUAUUUUAAAUGAUAUCAAAAAUAGACCAGCGAAUUAUUUAGAUGUACAAAUUUCAAAACCUCCUUUAUAAAAAAAUGAAUAGACAAAUCAUGAAAAAUCAUAACAAUAAACAAAUCAAUAACAUUAACAAUAAUAAACUAAAUAAUAAGUCUAAUAAUACUCUUAAAAAGUUUUAUAAUAGUAAUAAAAUUAAUCUGAUGCAUUAUCAACAAGUACAACAACAGGAAGCAGUCAUCUUUAAAAUAAGAUGUAAUAAAAAAAAUCGAAUUAGUUGUAGGAUUUCAUGAAAGAUGUUUUAAAAAAGACUGAUGUUACAAAUUAAUAAUUUAUAAUAGGAGCUACAGUAAAUCAUAGAUAUAUUCCACCUCCUCCAAAACCAUAAUUAAAUACUGUUGAAAAAAUUAAAUAAGAAAAACUUAUGAGAAAAAAGAAAAAGAAAAAAGUAAGAACUGAAAGUUUAGGAAAAGCUGUUGAACAUCUUCCAGCAAUUGGUAAACAAUCAUCUUCUAUUAAAACUUAAUCUAAAAUGGAAUAAUCAAAUGUUCAUUCCUAAAGUAGUACUACUAAACAGAAUUUUGAAAUUAAAUAGAAAUCAUUAGAUUGCAAUAUUAAUCAUUAAGAAAACAAGGAAGAAUUAAUUUAUAAAUCUGAUAUCAAUUAAUAGAUUUAAUCAAAUAGUUUAACUUCAAAUAAUAUAUUAGAUCAGCAUGAAACCAAUGAUAAGAUCAAAGAAAAAUCAAUCAUUAAGAAUUCAAAUGAAUUAAAUGCAAAAAACAAUUUUAAUUUACCUGAAGAAGAAUGUUAAACUAAUAAUAAUGAUAAUAAUAAUUUUAAAGAUUAAACUAGUAUUUAAAAAUGUUAGACAGAAUCUAAAAGUUUUGGCAAUGAAGGAGACAGUUAUAAUAAAAUUUAAAUUAAUCUUGAAGAGAAAUAUUAGGAAUGCAAAGAUAAAAAGAAUAUCGCACUUUAAAAUGAGAUUCUUAAUAGUUAAAUUAUUCAUUAAUAAAAGUAAGAUUAAGCUUAAGAUUAAAUUUAAAGCUAAAAUUUUGAACAAUAAAAUAAUUUCUAGAUUCCAAAUUAAGAAAAACAUUAAAAUACUUUUUAAUAAAGUGAAUAAGAAAAGAAAACAGAUAUUAAGUUUGGAGAAUAGAAAACAAAUAAGAAAGAAGUUGAAGAGAAAGAAUAGAUUUAAAAAAGAGAUUAAAUGUUAUAAGAUCAUUAUAAUUAUGUCAUAAAUGAAUAUAGAAAUAAUGAAGAAUUGACAGGAGAUUUAAAAGAUGAUUAUUUAAGAUAAAUUUAAUAGUUAUAAAAUAAAUAAAUAGAAAAGGAAGAAUUUGAAGAUAAUAUAAAUGAUGAAGAUGAAGUAGACAAUGAAAUAGAAGAUUAUAAUGAUCAAUAAUAAAAACAAAAAUAGGGAAAUAAUAAAUAAAAAAAUAAUGAAGAUGAAAAUGUUAUUUCACUUAAAGUUUAAAAGACUUCAAUAUAAAAGAAUUAAUCAAAAAAUUAAUUUAUUACAAAAUAAAGUAUAAGCCAAUAAUCUUAAAGAAGAUAAGAUCUAAAAAGUAAACCUGGUAGUUAAUAACAGUUAAAUCAUAAAGGUAAUAUUCAAAAGUAAUUAACAAUGGAAUCUAAAAAAUAAAAUGAUGAAGGUAUGUCUAUUAAUUAUAAUUGAAUAGUUGAUGAUUUUAAUGAAAUAGAGAGUGAUCAUGAAUAAAUUGUAGAUGAAAAAUAAAAAAAACCUAAAGAAUUAGGAGUAAAAUAAAAUGGAAAAGUAGAUUCUAAACAGAAAGGAGGAUUUGAAAAUAAAUAAAAGAUUGUUUUAACUGAUAAAGAAAAAAUGGAUGAAAUUAAUAAUAUCUGUAAAGAAAUGGGAUUAGAUGAAUUUAAGAUUAAAUAAUAAUAAUAAUAAGUCAAUCAAACUUAAAUAGUUAAAGCAAUAACCCCAAGUACUAAUAAUCGUCCAAAAAAUCCAUAAUCAAAAUAUAUAUAGAAAAUGCUUUAAUGUAUAGAUGAUUCAAAACUAGAAGAUUAUUCAGAUAUUGUUCCUACAUUUUAACAUUUGUUUAGUGGAUUUUUUAAUAAUAGCCCUCAUUAUAAUAAUUUAGAUGUAAUGAGAGAUAUAUUUUCUAUAUUUUCAUAACACAUAGAUAAAGUAGAUAAUGUUGAAUCUCUGUUAUGUAAGUACAAAUAAAAUCCUUUGGCAAUAAAUCCGAAUGAACUUGUUUAUAUUAAUGAUCCACAUAGAUUAAUUCAAUAUUCAACAAGAACAGGGGUUGAUAUUUAAUAAUAUAUAUAAAGAUAGAUGGUUUUUAAUAGGAGAAUAUAAAAUGAUUCAACAAAUUAAGGAAAAUAAGAAAGAUAUUUUAGAGUAGUGAAAAAUAAAGAAGAGGUAUAUGGUAAUAAAUAUAUUAACAAUAGAUAUAAUAACUAGGUCAUUUAUGAGAAAAUAAGGUUGGACUGAGUUACCUCAUGGAAUUGGACUUCGAACAUCUUGGAAUGUAUUAUGGACAUGGUCUAAACCAUAAAUAGAUUUAAAUAAAUUGCUUCUCUUUUAAAAAGUUAAUCAUUUUCCUUUUAAUAAGAAUUUAGGAAGAAAGGACUUAUUAAAAAAGAAUAUAGAGAGAUGUUAAAAAUUAGGUACAAAAGCUUAAUAAAUAUUUGACAUAAUUCCAUCAACUUUUUUGUUACCUAAAGAGUAUGUGUAAUUUAUGGAGAAAUUUUAUAAGGAUUCUGAAUCAGAAGGGUAAUAAAAUAUCUGGAUAAUGAAACCAACUGGAAAAUCUAGAGGUAGAGGCAUAACUGUUUUAAAUGAUAUAUCAGAUGUAAUGUAUGCUGAACCAGUUGUAUUACAAAAAUAUCUAAAGAAUCCUCUCUUAUUAAAAGGACAUAAAUUUGAUAUGCGAAUUUAUGUAUUAGUAACAUCCUUUAAUCCAUUAGAAGUAUUUCUAUACAAAGAAGGAUUUGCUCGAUUAACUACAUAACCUUUUACUCUGGAUAUUAAUGAUCUCAAAAAUCAACUUGUUCAUCUGACCAAUUUUGCAGUUUAAAAAACUCAUGUAUAAAUCUAAGAUUUAGAAUAAUAAUUAGGAGGUUGUAAAAUAUCUUUAAGAUAAUUAAGAGAAAAAUUAAUUGAUAAAAAUAUUGAUUGGAGUAAAAUCUGGGAAUAAGUGUAGGAUAUUGUUUUAAAAUCUUUAGUUGCUUGUUAAUCAGAAAUACCAAAUAAUCCUAAUAGUUUUGAAUUAUUUGGUUAUGAUAUUAUAAUUGAUACAAAUUAGAAAUGCUGGCUAUUAGAAGUAAAUGCUUCUCCAUCUUUAGCUAGAGAUUAUAUUUUAGAUGAAUUGAUAAAAUAAUAGCUAAUUGAUGAUAUCUUUGAUUUAAUAGAUAGUCCAAAUUAUGAUCGAUAGAGACUUUGUGAAGUUUUGGAAAGAAGAAUUUAAGAAGAAUAAGGUUGCAAAUCAGUCAUUAACACAAUGAACAAUUCUAAAUUACAAUUGUAGAGAGAUUUAAAUUAUAUUUUAAAUGGUACUCAUUUAAGGAGGUAUGGAGAAAUGCCAAAAUAGAUGGGAGGAUUUAUGAGAUUGGCACCUUCUGAAAAAUAUGAUAAAUUAAAAUCUUUAGUUUAAAGUUAUAAAACUAUUAAUGGUAGAGGAACUAUAGAUUGA